UGUAGCUCCCACUCACUGGCAUCAGAAACACGAGAUAUCUUCAGUCCUGAGCUGUACAAUUUCAUACAAAUACACAGCAUUGGCUAGACGGAGGCUGCGUCUGGCUUUAGCAAAACGCACUUUGGGGGAUAGGCAGUGGUAAUAGAGGAAGAGCAGAAAGAGUCCACCUCAUCUCUCACACAUCAGACUCAAGGUGGUAAAAUCUCCUCGUGGAUUGCUCUACUCGCUCAGCUCUACAUAAGACUCUCCACCAUGAAGACCAGACUAGGCUGCCUCUCCAAAAAGUCUGACUCCUACAGUGACUUCUCCGAAUUCCUGCCACCCGCUCACGAGACCACCGCUAGGUGUUUGAAACUAUCUACAGAUGAGGUCGUUCGAUGGUCCGAUUCUUUCGAACAUCUUCUCUCCCACAAAUAUGGACUGGCGGCUUUCCGGACGUUUCUCAAGUCCGAGUUCAGCGACGAAAACAUUGAAUUUUGGAUGGCCUGUGAGGAGUACAAAAAGAUCAAGAGCUCGACUAAGCUUUUGUCAAAGGCAAACAAAAUAUUUAAGGAGUUCAUUGAAGUUCAGUCCCCAAGAGAGGUAAACAUUGACUACCGCACCAGGGAAAAGACCAAACAGAGCCUGGCUGAUCCCACCCCGACCAGCCUGAACGAGGUCCAGGGAAAAAUCUACAGCCUCAUGGAGAAAGACUCCUACCCUCGGUUCCUCAGGUCAAAGAUGUACCAGGAUAUGAUCAACAGGGCACAUGCACAAGGCCAGCGGAGGUCUGUCUGACCACGGUGAAAGACAUGCAUGGACAUUGAUUUAGGCCUAAACUGUAUAUCGUUCCUUCACCCUUUUACAUCAUCCCCUAAUACUGUGAAUUAGCAAAGAUGGUGGGACCUGCUUGACUGUUUUAUUGUCUAAACCAGCUGCAUGUGUGCUAACCUCUGAUACACAGCAUGUCUUUGAGGAGUCUCUCUACAGUUCACUGAUAAUGUUACCAAAUAAAAUGACCUUGUCACAUUUUAACAUUUGCUACAACUUUAGUUGUCGGCAAUUACGCAUCAUGUUAGACAGGGAAAAAGAAAAACACGUUGACCAAAAUUAAUUUAAACACCUUUAACUUCUGUGAUUCUGUCUUUUACAAAAUGUUUGUGUUUUUGACUGAUGAAACAGAAACUAAAUAUUAACUGGUGUCUGUUUUAAGUAGCUGACAAGACUAAAAUACUGAUUAUUUCACAGUGUAUAUGUAUAUUUGUUAAAGGGUGACCUAAUCAUUUCUUAAUAAAUAAUAGGAAUAGAAUACUUUCCAUUACAGCAAAUUUUGUUAGUACAUUGAAGUUUGCCAAAGUGCAAAGUAACAUACAGUAUACCCUUUGCUUUGCAUUUACCAUUCAGAGACUUCACAUUUAUCUGAAAUACUGGCUUUAAUGUAUAAGCAUGUGAACAUUUGCUUAUAAAAAAUAUUACAAUUUUGAAAGAUUUCACAGUAAUCCAAAAUAUCAUUAAAAAUGUCUAUAAGGAAUCCAACCUGAUGGAUAAAAUAGGCAAAACAUGAACAGUACUGGCCCCUUUUUGUGGCCAAAGUCUGUCUCCCUGGUGCAGUAACUAUAGUCGGUUUUGGUAAGCAUGAAAUUAGUAAUAUGUAAAACAUCCUAUGUAUUUUCAAAAAAUAGAAUCAAGAAAAUCCUCCUUGUUUUGUAGCAGACUUUUUGUGGUACUGUCACUUCUGCACGCAGAAUGUGGUUAUGAAGUAAUAGCCAUAGAUACAUGUAAUUAUACUAGUAAAAAAGUUUCACAAAACUGGUCAGAACCAGAAUCACUUAUAGAUUAUAUACACAGUCGUCCAUAGAAUAUGAUCACCGAAAAAGAUUCAUAAAGUGAAUCACAUCGGUCAGAGUUUUGGCCAUUAAGCCAGUGCAGAGCAAAAAGAGUUUUGCUCGGACUAAUCAAAAUGACUAAUUAAAAAAAAUGUAUCCCCACCAGGAGUCAUAUCGUAUUUUAUGAACUAUGAGUCGCAGAUGGCAAAAAAUGAAUAUGAAGAAAAAAGAUCGUAAGUGGCACUGGAAUAUAAGCACCCCCCCGUGAAACUUUGGAUAAAAUGCGUCUUUAUUCUCGAAAGAAUACAGUAAAUAGAAAAUAAACAUUAAAAAUUUAACAGACUUUUAAAAACUGUAAAAAUCUGUGCGUUUUACGUAUUUUGGUGUACUUUUGCUGACUUUUUAACGAUGAAAAAUGUGUCUCUUUUACAACCAACCUCCAGUGUUUAUUAGAGAAAUUGGAAUACUUGCCAAUUCUGGGUUUGCAUCAAAAUCAGAAAGGUAGAAGAAGGCUUGGCCAAUACUAAAUUUAUUCUCCUACUGACGUUUAUAAUAGCUUCUGGUUCCUUAAGUUGCCACAUUGGCCAACUGGUAUCUCACUUGUUUUACUGUCUCUUUGUUUGUUCUUUUUCUUGAAUCUAUACCAGCAAGUGGGUCAACAAAAUAAGUUGCAUGGAAUUGUUGGAGAAUUUGUGGACUUCAUGUUACAAAUGUGGCACUAUUCAGGAGAGAUGAGCAGGCUGUCCAAGAGUAAAAGAAUAUACACUGCCAAAAUGUUUGUCAAAAAAAGAAAAGAAAAAAAUCUCCAAGCACAAAUGUAAGUACUGUGCCACAUGCAUUUGGGAACAUUUUUAUCAGUUUCAAAGGGAGAAACGUUCUUCUUGACAGCAUGACGAAAGGACAUUAUUUUCUUUACUUUAUUGUGCUUACAUAUACAAUGUAUGAUGUUUUCUUCUUUUAUUUCCUCUCUCCUACUUGAACAAUAUUUAUGUGACUUGGCAUAUAAAUAAGAAAAUCAUUCUACAACUCAACCCUGUCACUUAUUUCUUUUGUGAACUUGUAUCCCAAUAUCUUAGACCUAAUACUGUAGUCCCCUUGUGUUUUCCACAAUGGACAGCAUAGGAAAGCCUCGCUUCCACUGAGCGGUCUGGUCUGGUGAGCGUUUCCCCUCAGAGAUGGACCGCCAUGGCGUAUGCAGGGUGUGCAUCUACAGCGAAAGCAAAGCUAUCAACAACAACAAUGCUGGUUAUCCAGCAGCUCAUUUUUUUCCUGCUUGGCUUUUGAUUCUCCAUAUAUACCUGUCAUUUAAUGUUGUUUGAGAGAAGAUUGCCGGCGACCAAGGAUGCCAAGGAACAUUUGUAGUUCCAGGCCCGACCAGACCAUGCCGUUUGUUGCAGGCAACAGGGGUCCAUCUUAUAAUUGGAAACACUUAAAAUACUGGAGCAGACCACUCAGUGGUAACAAGGCUUUCGUGACCACUGUUGUGCCGAACAUACAUUUAGAUGCUAAAAUUGUAAUGAUAAAUGUCAUGCAACUUUUUUUUUACAUUUUGUGAUUUAUUUAUUUAAUGCUAAUCCCAAAUUCUUUACAUAUUAAUGACCAUAUUUCCUGACAAGAACGUUUCGCUGUUCUUUUCUUUUGUUUCCUUCUUUUGUUUCUAUUGUUGUUGUUUUUUUUGGUUUCCGGUUGGCCGGUUUAAUAGUUUAACUUCAUCUGUCCAGAAUGAAAGUGUUAAACAGUUAUAGGAAGUGGUAAUUUAUAGGAAAUGAUUUGUGAUUAUCCUUAGAGCUAAAUCAAGUUCAAAACUUCUGAAAGUGAAAUUAAAACAGUGCUAGAUACCUUGAAACCUGUUUACAUGUUCAGACACUGACUGUACUCCUUCACUGUAUGUUGUGGAAAUAACUAAGUAGGAUCACUGUAUGGUCCCUCCGUGUUACCAUUUUUUAGAAAGACCUGAAAGAAACCAUUUUUUUCUCUCUGCAUGUGUACCAGUGUACAGUGGACCAAACCUGUCUGAACACUGCAUUGAGCCAUUUAUUAAAUGUCAUUGUGUUUCAUAUGAAUGUAAGUAUCCCAGUACAGCGAUUAAAAUUUAAUCUCCAUAUUUC